AUGCAUACCAGAUACCAUUCCAUGCUGAUGCCAGCCUUGAUGGCCAUCUUGACCACAGCAACCGAAGCUCCAAUCGCAGGCUACGAUGUCUUUGUGCCUGAGUGGGAAGUGAGAGCCCACCCCAGUGGCGACGCACUUCGCCUCAACGGAACGGCGGAGGAAGUCAUCCAGCAGAUCGAGAAAAUCAACCCGGACUUCAAGAGAUCAUUCAACGUUGAUGAUCUCCCAGAAGAGGAGGAAGGGAUAAAUAGUGCACACGAAUUGCAGAGCCGCGCUAUGACAACUUUCCCGCUGGAUAGGGUCAUCUGCGACAAUUUUGAGCCGGCCAAGUCAGCUGAGGUCAUGAGUGCCGUCCGAUAUCUGAACGACAUUGGGGGGAGGCCCAAGAAUGGCGGUGGUCCAGCAAACUGUGGUAGGGUUAGCUGCGGUUACAAGGUCGCCGUUUGGUGGUGCAAUGAUGGAGCGCAAACGAGAGAACUCAGUGGUUUCAGUUCCAUUACGGCUGGUAUCUAUGCCAUCCAAACGAUGUGCCAACAGACUCGGCCCAAGUUUGCUGGGCAGGCCUUUCACCCUGACAACUGGAAUGUAAUAGUUCGUUGGGAAGACUGUUAA